GACCGCACCUCGUAUCGUCGUCUAGCUCCGUUUCGUUUCCGGGAAGCAACCAACCUUCGUUCCCGGGCAGCCGACGACCCUUGCGCCGUCUUCGUCUGUCAAGAGUACAGUUUGACGCGAGCAGCUGCCGGUUCCUUCUCUCGUGCGCCUUUGCUAGCUUGGGAUCGAUCAAAGCCGGUGAGCGACCGAGCGAGCGAGUGAGGAUCGGAACAUCUGCCAUCAUGGCCUCCGAGCAUGCGCAGCUGUCUGCCAAGGCCGCCGCCGGCAGCAGGUUCGCGGUGACGUACGGCCUGCUGAGGCAGUACAUGAAGGAGCAGGGCGGCAGCGGCGCCACCAGGAGCCUCGCGCCGGCCGUGGGCGUGGGCCUCAUGCCGGAAGCCGACGCUGCUGCGGCGGCGGAGGCGACCGAGGAGAGGACCACCGUGCUGGAGCUCUUCCCGCAGCAGGCUGGCACGCUCAAAGACGAGCAGCAAAGGAAGAGGAAGGAGCGUGCUGACGGGAGAGCGCCGCUGACCAUCUUCUACGGCGGCAAGAUGGUGGUCUUCGACGACUUCCCCGCCGAGAAGGCCGAGGAGCUGAUGCAGCUCGCCGGCUCCGGCAACGCCGCCCAGGACGCGCUGGGACAGCCCAGCCUCACAGACAUGCCCCUCGCGAGGAAGGUGUCGCUAAAGAGGUUCCUGGAGAAGAGGAAGAACCGGCUCACCGCGGCAGAUCCAUACCCAGCAGCGGCGGCGACGGCGGCGGCAAGCGAGUCGUCGACUAAGCCUCCGGCAGUGAAAGACGAGGGCGCGCCGUGGGUCGGCGUGAACUCGGCGCUCAGCCUCAGCUGAACAAUCUCAUCGACGGCAGCCUGCCUACCUAUCGCUAUAGGGAAAAACUAGCUAUUUCCCGGCCGUAAAAAUAUGUACGUGUUUGGCCCCCCUUGACAUUUACACCAGUAAAAUGGCUGCUUCAGUUCAGGGGAAUUAUUAGCUGGGUAGCUAAUUACCAUGAUCGGUUUAUUUAGUUGUCUGUUUGAGAAUUCUUUGGCCAGAACGAAGAAGAAUUCUUUUUUUCUUCCUUGCUGGUAUUCAUCAUAUCUGCGAGGAUACGAACUGAUUAAUUAGACCUAGUCGAACUCAUAUAUAUACAUAGUGUGUAAAUUCAAAUAAGAUGAUGGAACAGGUUAUAUGCAAUUCUUUCGCUUCA